UAUGGUGACGUCAGACCCUUGUAGGCCGCCAUUUCAGAAGCCCAAACACCUCCUUCUUCAACUUGAAAUUUCGUCCGUUAAUCUAAUUUAAUCCGCCUGUAUUUAACAUCAUCGGUGUUCUUAUUGUGUGCAAGUUAACUUCAGUUUUCCAUUUCCAAUGGCCGAAACGAAUAAUUGGAAUAUAGACGCUAUUAUUGCCAGGUUACUCGAAGUUCGCGGCGGCAGACCGGGCAAAAAUGUCCAACUGACAGAAGCAGAAAUCAGAAACUUGUGUCUGAAAUCAAGGGAAAUAUUUCUAUCCCAGCCAAUCCUGUUGGAACUUGAAGCUCCAUUGAAGAUUUGUGGUGAUAUUCAUGGACAAUACUAUGACCUCCUCCGUCUCUUCGAAUAUGGUGGUUUCCCUCCAGAAUCAAAUUAUCUCUUCCUUGGAGAUUACGUUGAUAGAGGCAAGCAAUCACUGGAAACCAUCUGUAUCUUGUUGGCAUACAAGAUAAAGUACCCUGAGAACUUUUUCUUACUGAGAGGCAACCAUGAAUGUGCAUCAAUUAACAGGAUAUAUGGCUUUUAUGAUGAAUGCAAACGACGGUACAACAUUAAGCUGUGGAAGACUUUCACAGACUGCUUUAACUGUCUGCCUGUGGCAGCUAUUGUUGAUGAGAAAAUUUUCUGCUGCCAUGGUGGCUUGAGCCCUGAUCUUCACAGCAUGGAACAGAUUCGGCGGAUCAUGAGGCCCACUGAUGUUCCAGACCAAGGUCUCCUGUGUGAUCUUCUUUGGUCAGAUCCUGAUAAGGACACAAUGGGAUGGGGUGAAAACGACAGAGGUGUUUCCUUCACAUUUGGAGCUGAAGUUGUAGCGAAGUUCUUACACAAACACGACUUUGACCUGAUCUGCAGAGCACAUCAGGUUGUUGAAGAUGGAUAUGAAUUUUUCGCCAAACGCCAGCUGGUGACAUUAUUCUCUGCACCUAACUAUUGUGGGGAGUUUGAUAAUGCUGGAGCAAUGAUGUCAGUUGAUGAGACAUUAAUGUGCUCAUUUCAGAUACUGAAACCCGCUGAUAAGAGGAAGUUUACCUAUGGUGGACUGAAUGCCGGAAGACCUGUUACACCACCUCGUGGAGCCACCAACAAAAACAAGAAGAAGUGAUUGACAACGUUCUGAUGCAGUUAAGAAUGGACAAUGAGAUUUACAUCCUUGCAAUGUCACCUUAAUCUAUUGUAUAGUAUAGUGGUCCAUUCUCUUGUACAGUUAGGUCUUUUUUUAGAACCAAUCAAGACACUGGAGCACUUUUCCUCCAGGACUCCAGCCUAUGUGUUAAUACGUCAUCGCACAUCGCAACAAAUUCUGCAUCUUGUUAACCCCAUAUCAGCAUUGUCUUCAGUUUUGUACGUUCCUCAUUUCUCUAAUAAGUGGUGUGUUCUGUACACAUCUUGUGGUAGCACCAAUUGUGAUGGUGUGUUCAUUUUCCAUGAUAUUGAAAAUGAUUUUAUUUGAUAUAACGUCAAUAGCUAUGUUUUGUUUACUAUUGAUGUUUGUCAUAAGCAAGUACUGCUCCUCUCUUCUAAAAUAUUAAUAUUAUUUGAAAAAUGUGUCUAAUAUGGGUGACAAGUGACACCAAAUGUUAUUAUAGUUUGGUCAAAAAUUGUACAUUUUACUCCUUGGCCAGUUUUCCAGACAUUCAGAAGCCUGAAUGUGUGCAUAUAUGAAGUGUAUCUUUGUUUCAUUUUCAGUUUAUCAGCCUUCUGUUACAUUACAUAGUUUUACAGAAAAAAACUAUUAUAUUAAACUGUUAUAUUUUAGGUUUCAGUAAUUUGUAUUCGUACUUGUACUAUUGGCAAAUAUUUCAUUUAUAAAAGAUACACAUAAGACAGAAACUGUGAUCUGUUCAUGACAACAAAUAAAUACUACUAGACAAAAUG